CCGACUCUAUCUGCAACUCCCUAUACACUGCAAUUCGUCGCUUCGCUCUCAAUCUCCGGAAUAAUGGCGAAGAUCACGAUGGGAAUAAAUAGUAAUAGAUCUCAACUUCAUAGACUUGAAUGAAUGUUUUACUUCGUUUGAUUUGGAAGAUUUAUAUCGGAAUCGCUGCUUUAUUUUCCUUUGAUGAAAAAUCAAAAUAUGUUGAAAGUGAAAUACUAGGGGAUUUGGAAGGAUCGGAAGGUUGAUGGCUAGAGUUGCUCUCGAGAGAGACGAUGUUGAGCUUGUCGCUUUUAACGAUCCCUUUAUCACUACUGAUUACAUGACUUACAUGUUCAAGUAUGAUAUUGUUCAUGGCCAAUGGAAGCACUAUGAGGUCAAGGUGAAGGAUUCUAAGACACUUCUUUUUGGCGAGAAUCCCGUAACUGUUCUUGGAAUCAGGAGCAGAGUUCAUUGUGGAGUCAACUGGAGUGUUCAUGAACAAGGACAGAGCCUCAGCUUCAGCUUCAGCUGCUGGCCGUUCAAAGGU